CGGACUAAUUACGCUCUGCAGGAAGCCACACGAGGUUAACAAUGACACCAGACCCAGCUACUGGAUAGCUUGCUGUCAGAAAAUGUCACAGUGUGAAAUGGAGCAAAGUUGGGUAUUUUGAAAUACCCAACACAGUUGGCAGCUUUUCACGUCAAACCAGAUCCUCACAUGGUGAUUUGACAGAGCAGGAAAAAAAAAGCUACACUCUGCAUCAUAGAGUGGUGCAGCUGACACGAUGGUAGCAGACGACACAGCGGGAAGUGGGGACAGAUCGGAUUCGGAGAGGGAGAUGGACCUGAAGGCGUCUGCAUCUGAAGACAGCGGAGGACAUGAAGAUGGAGACGUAGAGAUGGUUGUCUCUGCUUUGGAGGGCCCGUCUCCCUCCAAAGAGCCCCCAGAGGAAGCCGGACAGCCCAGAAAGUGGAAGUGGGCCGUCAUAUUCUUGUGUCUCUUUGGGUUUAUGGCGUCGAUAAAGCCCGGGGAGCCCUUCAUUACACCAUAUCUACUCAGCACUGAGAAGAACUUCACCAGAGAACAGGUGACCAAUGAGAUCACCCCCGUGCUGACGUACUCCUACAUGGUUGUGUUGGUGCCGGCCUUUCUGCUGACUGAUCUCCUGCGCUACAAGCCGGUCCUGAUCAUCCAGGGCGUCAGCCAGGUGGUCAUCUGGCUCAUUCUGCUCCUGGGCACCACCCUCAUCGAGAUGCAGUUCAUGGAGUUCUUCUACGGCAUCACCAUGGCGUGCCGAGUGGCCUACUCCUCCUACAUCUUCUCCCUGGUCACCCCAGCCCUCUACCAGCGCGUGGCCGGAUACUCGCGCUCCGCAGUCCUCCUGGGGGUGUUCACCAGCUCGGUGCUGGGCCAGCUGUUCAUAUCCGUGGGUAACGUCAGCUUCUACACCCUCAACGCCAUAUCGCUGGGUUUCGUCAGCUUUGGUCUGAGUCUCUCGCUGUGCCUGCCCUGGCCUAAACGCUCCCUGUUUUUCAACCGGACGCGGAAUCAGGAGCAAAAGGAAGUGGCGGCAGUAGCCAGCAAAUCAGAACUGGAUAAAAUGAACCCGAAAGAGGGCGGCGCAUCCUCGCCAGCCCCCUUGUGCUCUGCGUCACGCUGGAGGGAUUCUGUCUUUGUGCAGAUGCUGCUGGAGGUGAGAAAUGUGCUGAGGAGGCCCAACCUGAGGCUCUGGUCCCUGUGGUGGGUGUUCAACUCCACAGGGUACUACCUGGUGCUGUUCUACGUUCACAUCCUGUGGAACAAAGUCUACCCGGCCACUGAGAACAAGAACAUUUACAACGGGGGAGUGGAGGCAGCUUCUACACUACUGAGUGCGCUGACUUCCUUCAUCGCUGGCUAUGUUAAGAUUCGGUGGAACGUCUGGUCUGAGCUGGUCAUCGCCGUCAUCACAGCGCUGCAGGCGGGUCUGCUGCUCCUCAUGGGCACCACCGACAACAUUUGGGUCUGCUACAUGUCCUACGUCCUCUUCAGAGGCUUCUACCAGUUUCUGGUGCCAAUUGCUACUUUCCAGAUCGCCUCGUCGCUCACCAAGGAGCUCUGUGCCUUAGUGUUUGGCAUCAACACCUUUUUGGGGACCAUACUGAAGACUAUUAUCAACCUGAUAUUUUCCGACAAGAGAGGCCUGGCGUUGGACGUGCACUCACAGUUCCUGGUGUACUUCGUUUACUUCACCAUUCUCACAGUGGUCUACUUUGUCUCUGCUGCUGUGGUCAUCACCCGUCACUGUAGAAACCAGCCCGGAGAAGGAGACGGGGCCGACGAACAGGCGGCGCCCACAGAGCUCAGCACCGUGGCUGCAGAUUCGGAGGUACAACCUUUGUCCAACGGCAAAAGUGCCAAAGCGUAAUGACAAGAAACGCCUUAAACUGUUUUUCUAUCAAUAUCUUAGAGCCAAGUUUUUGCUAAUAAGCUCUUAAGACUCAGCGGAAUCAAUCAUUUUAACCCUCUGAUGUCGGCGGAGUGGUUUCAGUGUUCGCUGCUGAGCCUUAAUAAUAGAAGUGCCUCGUCUGCUACCUAAAGCUCCUGCACUACGCCAGUCAGACGGGCGUCUUGUGUCCGACACCUUGGGAGAGUUUUGUAUCCGUUUUUGAUGAUCAGACGUGAUUUGCUGAAACUGAGAGGAGUAGAUUCUACUUUUUUUAUUUAAUACAAAGCAAUAAGUGGUACUCUGCUUUUAUAUAGAGACAAAUCAUCUUAAACACACAGAGAGAGGGACCAUUAAUGUAAUGGCCAGAGCUGAGUUUCUUUUGUAUUUUGUACAAACAAGUAGGAUUUUCAGAACUGAAAAUGCUGAACUGUGCUGUUUCAGUGACAGUGAUUCAAACAAAGGUUCACGAUUACUAUGUGAUCAUUAAGUAUUACUUUAAAACUUUGACAGAAAUCACAUUUAUUAUUUUUUUUUCAGUCACACUCCUAUUGUAAUGUUACAGUUCUAUGAUUGUGUUUGUGCCAUUGGAAGGGCAAUCGACCAUAUCAGUAUAAUUUAAAUACUAGGGGUGGGGGGAAAACCGAUACAGCAUAGUAUUUCGAUAUUUUAUCGAUACACGGACAUCAAGUAUUGAUCUUUCAUUAUAUAAACUAUUAACCUCUUAAUAAUCCAACUAGGCUACUGGUAUCAUAUGAAACUAGGAAGGAAUCCACCGGUACCAACCACGUCGUGUUAGCUCGUCGAGAAGGAUGCUAAAUAACGCUCCAAAGUUGAGGAAAAACUGGCAUGGCCAUUUUUCAAAAGGGGUCCCUUGACCUCUGACCUCAAGAUAUGUGACUGAAAACUCUGAGACGAACAGCUUGUAUCUUAU